CAAAGGUCCAGCUCGAAUCAGUGCCGCUCCAUGAUGGUGUAAAGUGUAAACAAAAUGAGGAAGUCGAUGUUGUUCAUUUAUCAACGGCCUUACGAAACCCGGUAAUGUUAUCGGAUCGUGACGAAAUUACGCCGGACAGACAGAUUGACUUUGAACGGGUGUCACAAGAUAUCGAAAAUAUAGAUGAAUCGGAAAAAUGUCUAAUUGACCGUAAUGCCAAUGUUGCGAUAACUCCGCAGUCCGAUAAUAUUGGCCGUGAUUCCCUUACCCAAUCAGAAAAGGUUGAGUCAAUUCCGAUACCGGACGGCUUGGUGAUGGACCCGAUGUCGCCCACUGCGCUAGUCGUCCCAAAUCAGCUCAUGGGCCGCAUCGGUAGUGGGCUGAAUUUAAUCAGAGAUCACGGCAAGAAAGUUCAAAAAUAUCUCUUAAAAAACCGGAAGUUUGAAGGUCUCAAGAAAUCAUGGACAUCAAUCGUGAAUAUAGUUUUGAUUGAAGCCAAAGAUUUGCCAGACGCGCCGGCGAACGGAUCCAGCGGUCUUUACUGCAAGUUUAAAUUAGGUAGUGAAACUCAUAAGUCAAAGCAAGUAAACAAAACAAAGCCAGUAUGGCGGGAACGGUUCAACUUGUACUUGGACGAAGACAGCUCUCUCGAGGUCAAUGUAUGGCACAAAACAAAACAGAAAAACUUUAUGGGCCGAUGCGUCAUCGAUCUCUCUCAACUGGAGAAAGAAAAAACACAUGAUCUAUGGUCAGAAUUAGAUUGCGGGUUCGGCUCAGUGCAUAUGCUGAUCACGCUCAGUGGAUCCGAGCGUCGCAUUUCAACUGAAAAUAUGCUUACUACGAAUGGUGUACAUCAUGAAGCGCCAACGGAAGAUAAGUUUGUUUGGUAUAAGUUGGAUGAUUGGACAAAUGUUGGUGAAUUAACAGUGACAGUGCACGGUGCGAAGGGUUUAAGCGCUCUAAAUAUUAGUGGUAACGUCAAUGCCUUUUGUGUGCUGGAGUUGGACAACGCGAGGAUCCAGACUCACACUGUGCGAGGGACCUCAGAACCGAACUGGAACAAGACCUUUACAUUCUGUGUUAAUGACGUCACGUCGGCAUUAGACAUAGCUGUCCAUGACGAAUCGAUAUUGCAAUCGAUGAAAGGCGAGACAAUCGGAAAAAUAUCGAUACCAUUGUUAAGGAUAAAGAACAAUGAAAAACGAUGGUAUGCUCUGAAGGACCGAUCGAAACGACAUAGCGCAAGAGGAAACUGCCCGAGGAUUCUGUUAGAUAUGUGUCUUGUAUGGAAUCCGGUUAAAGCUUCAAUGCGCGUACUAAGACCAAAGGAAACUAAAUAUAUAUUAAAACCGGCGAAAUUUGACAUCCCUCUUAUAUACAGCAAUUUGAAAUUCAUUAAGGAUAUAUUUAAAGUUUUCCAAAAUGGAAACGAGCAUUUGAAGCGAUUAUUCGAAUGGGAGAAUCAGGAGAAAUCUGCGAUGGCCUUAAUCGGGUGGCUGAGUUUCUGGUACUUCUUUAGGAUGUGGAUGACGCCGCUCCUACUAGUCUUGCCCUUUGUCCACUAUUGGCUCACUCAAAGAAACAACAACGCUCUCGUCCCGGUAUGUCAAAUAGAUGAUGAGUAUAUUGAAGAAGACCAGGAUACUAAGGAUGAAAAGACGAUAAAAACUCGCCUAAGCGAGCUUCAAGAUCUAACAUUAACCAUCAAGAACGGAAUAGACUACGUGGUAUCGUUACUCGAAAGGAUAAAGAACUUGGUAAACUUCAGCGUGCCAUAUUUAAGCUAUUUAGCUAUAGUGUCUCUCAUUGGGCUAUCUAUAGCUUUCUAUCUUAUACCAGUCAAUUAUUUAUUUAUGGUAUUUGGUCUUUAUAAGUUUACACGUAAGUUCUUAAAUCCAACGAGAGUUCCGAACAACGACAUCUUGGAUUUUAUAUCACGUGUGCCGGAUGAUGAGAUCUUGAAACAAUGGCGGGAGUUGAAAGUUCCAGAGCCAAACUUCAAUUCAUCAGAUCCGGCGAAAAGCAGAUAGUAAAUGUCCAAGGGAAAUGUUGGACUUAUAUAUAUAUAUACACUUUGUUCUUCGGAGUAAGUGCCAUAGUGGAGAAGCCAGGGUGUUAAGACUACUGCGAGCAAGUCAGGCAACAAAUACAAAAAUGCGGAUCAUGUAUCUGCAACUUGUAUGAAUAAACUAACUGUUCCUCGAGAAUCUGUCACCGCUUUUUUUUCGUUAAAGUUAUAGAGUACCAGGGCCACCAUGUCCCAGGCUACUUCAAUGUCAAAUUUCAUUUCUAUCAGUUAAUUAUCUUAUUCUAUGAGGUAACGAACAGACAGGCAGAGCUAUUUACGCAUUUAUAAUAUUAAUAAGAAUGGUGAGAUGGAAAAUUUCUAGGUUCUCAUAAUGUUUUAAAAUAAAAUGUUUGUAUAGAAAAAAGCGUUUAACUCCUGUCACGUGUAUUUAAUUUUUUUUUUUUAUUAAAAAUCCUCAAGAAUAUUUAACACUUAUUUUUCAUAAUGACACAGUCAAUACUCAUUAAGUUCCAUAAAUAAAUUAAAUUUAACCGCGUAGUUAAAAAAGCGGCGUCUGACGCUGGGUUUGUACUUGCCUUUAGCUAUAAUAUACGAUUGUGAUUUUUAUGCUUAAUCAUAUUUAUUAAAAGUAUUAUAAAUAAAAAGUAUUUAAUCGAUAGUAUGCCUCAAAUUGAGGUUGAUAUAGAUCUUGUUAUACUCGUUGAAUGCACUUGAGUAUCUUGAUUGGGUUCCGGUACGCCUAAUUCUUUCCAAUCUUUCUGUAAAUUUAUGAAAUAAAUUGUUAAUAUAUAUUCUAUAUAUAUAGUUUGUAAAAUUUGUGAUAUGUACGUUCAAAAACAAAAGUUUUUAGAAAUUCUGUUUACUUUUAUUUGUAAUUAGGACACAAAGUUAAUUUAUAACAAAUUUUGUUUUUCAAUGUACUCAACUUGAUUGCUCAAUAAAACUUGCCUUUGUGAUACAUUGAAAAUGAAAAUGUUUCGUAGAUUUAAG